AUGAGUUUUCUAAGACGCGAUAGAUCGAAAGUGAAUUUGAAACCAUCUCUGAUUUCUCUUACUCCUGCUGCUGGUCAGUCAGGUGUAUCUAAGGGGAAUUCCCCUGAAGAGGAAGAAUUACCUUUAUCUCCUACCAACAAUCAUUCAUCUUCAGCUUCCAUAACAUCGAACAAUCAUAAAGUAAUCAAACGAAACUCAUCAGGUGCCUUAGCUUCUUCUUCUACCGAUAAACAAAUAUUCAAUAAUAACUUUGAUAUCCUGGAUAUCGAUGGUAAACCUCCUACUAAGAAGAAUUCAAUUACGCCAAGUGAAAAUUAUAGUCCAAGAUCAUCGGUGAUUUCUUUAACUCAAUUACACCAUCUGAAUUCAAAUCAUAGUGCUACGACUAAUGAUGACAAUGGUGAUGGAUUAAACAAUUUGAAAGAUGAUUAUAAAGGUUUCCAUGCUAAUAAACGUCCAACUGGAAUUGCUAAUGUACCACCUUUAUCUCAACCUAUAAAACCAAGAUUUAAGAAAAAAUCAAAUUCUUUAUUAGGGAAAUUAAUGUAUAAUCGUAAAGAUUCUGAUACUUCAAAUCAUUCAGAUCAUUCUGAAGAUUCAAAUGAUUUAAAUUCUUCUCAUAGACAAAGUCAUUCAACUAGAACUCCUUCAGCUCCUUCAAGUUUAGGUGUCCAACAACAACAACGUAAAAGUACCGGCUCAUCAACGGUUGCUCCAGCCAAACAUAAAUUUAGAAUUCCAUCGAUUUCUUUAGAUCAUCAUCAUCAUACUCGUCAUCAUCAUAGUCAUCAACCAAGCGUGGCUGAAGUAGAUUCACCCGAUAGUACCGAACCAGAAACCAUUGAUAAGGUUGUAUCAGAUGUACCUCUGUCCACUGAAGCUUCUACUACAUCUCCUCCACCUCCAACUUAUGAUUUGAAUUUAAGUGAAAUGCAAGGAAUAGUGGAAGUAACGGAUAAAAAUGGCGAAGCUGAUAAGCAUACUGAAGAACAAGUUACAAGCAAUGGUAAAGAAUUAAUCACAGUUCCAAGCAGUUUAUGGAAGGCUCCAGAUAGUUGGGAUGUUAAAGUUGAUAAACCCGUUAAAGAUGGAAUUUCAGUAUCCGAUUCUGAUGAUACUGAUGAUAAAGGUACUAUUACAGAAAGGGGUAAGUUUGACCUCCGUUCUAGAUCAUCUUCACCAACUGCCAGUUUGAUACUGACUGAAUCUCAUGAACAUCAUAAACUUGCUAGACCUCAUUUACCCAAUUUAUAUGGUACUCAUCAUCUGUCUCAUGUGGUCCAAACUGAUCCUAAUAACAAAGGUCCAAAUCAUAUUGUAAGAGUGUUUAGAGAAGAUAAUACUUUUACCACCAUAUUAUGUCCAUUGGAAACUACUACUUCUGAAUUGCUUAAGAUUGUGCAAAGAAAAUUCUUUUUGGAAUCAAUUUCAAAUUAUCAAAUUUCAGUUUGUAUUGGUAAUUGUGUUAAAGUAUUGGAGUCAUUUGAACAACCUUUAAAGAUUCAAAUGGGAUUACUUCUUCUUAGUGGUUAUAACGAUAGUGAUAAUUUGAAACUUUUCGGUCGUGAAGAUUUAUCAUUUGUUUGUAAAUUUGUGGUUGAAAAUGUAUUUUUAAGAAAUUUAACUCAUGAUGAAGAAGCAAUGUUAUCCAAAGAUUAUGUUGAUGUUAAUAUUUCAGGAUUAAAUUUGAAAAAUAUCCCUAAUAUUUUCCAUCAACAUACUUAUGAAAUUGAAAAAUUAAAUGUGGCAGAUAAUCCAGCAAUUUACAUUCCACUUGACUUUAUUCAAUCAUGCAAUAAUUUAACCAGUAUAGAUUUCUCCAGAAAUGGUUGUUCUAAAUUCCCCUUGAAUUUCUUAGAGGCUAAGAAGUUAAUUUAUCUUAAUUUGGAAAAGAAUUUUUUGGAUGAGUUGCCAUCGAAGUUUAGUCAUUUGAAGAAUUUAACUCAUUUAAAACUUAAUUCAAAUCAAUUAUCAUCCUUACCUAAGAGUUUUGCCAGAUUAAAGAAUUUAGAAUCUUUGAAUUUAUCAUCCAAUUAUUUCCAUAGUUAUCCUGAAGCUAUAAGCGAGUUAAGUAAUCUUCGAGAUUUGGAUUUAUCGUAUAAUGAUUUAUCAGAAGUUCCUGAAUCAAUUAGUAAAUUAUCGAAAUUGUCGAAAUUGAAUCUUUCCACAAAUAAAUUAAGUAAAACCCUUCCUAAAUAUUUUGAAACCAUGACUUCAUUAAAAAGAUUGGAUAUUAGAUAUAAUCAACUUUCAAAUGUGGAUGUCCUUGGAUCAUUACCGCUUUUAGAAGUCACAUAUGCUUCUAAGAAUAUGAUUACUACUUUUAGUGAUAAGAUGGAAAGUUUAAGAUUACUUCAUUUUGAUCGUAAUCCUAUAACCAAUUUACAAUUUGAGAAUUUAUUGGAAUUAUUAACCAUUCUUGAUUUAUCAAAAGCAAAAAUCACCUCCAUCCCAGCUGAAUUCAUCUCCAAGAUUCCAAAUGUUGAAAAAUUCGUGUUGGAUAAAAAUCAUUUGGUUAAUUUACCUAAUGAAAUAGCCAAUUUAUCAAAAUUAGCCUCGUUGUCGGUCUACAGUAACAACUUACAAGUAUUACCAUCUAAUAUUGGACAAUUAACAUCACUUCAAUAUUUGGAUUUACAUUCUAAUAAUUUACAAACCUUACCUGAUGAUAUUUGGAACUUGAAAUCGCUUUCAGUGUUAAAUAUUGCUUCCAAUAUUUUAACUUCAUUUCCAAAACCUCCAUUAUCAGUGGCUAAAAAGAUUUCCUCCACGGUUAACUUUAGAAAUGUAGAUAUUGGAUAUAAGAGCUUAACCGAGGAUACUGAAGAUGAUUAUAAUGGAAGUAGUUCAUCUUCAAUUGAUUUAUCAAGUAGUUCAUCAUCAUUGGGUGAUAGUUUAUUCAUAUUGACUUUGGCUGAUAAUAGAUUAACUGAUGAAUGUUUCAGUUCUAUUUCAUUUAUGGCAGCUUUGAAAUCGUUAAAUUUAUCGUAUAACGAUAUUAUCGAAGUUCCAGAAGGUGCUUUAAGAAGAUUAGUGAAGUUAAACGAAUUGUAUUUAUCGGGUAACGAAUUAACAACUUUGCCAGCUGAAGAUUUGGAAAGCUUGAAAACAUUAAAAUUAUUAUAUAUCAAUAAUAAUAAAUUGGUAACUUUACCUGCGGAAUUGAGUAAAAUCACCAAUUUACAACAUUUGGAUGUGGGUUCAAAUCAAUUGAAAUAUAAUAUUUCAAAUUGGCCAUAUGAUUGGAAUUGGCAUUGGAAUAAAAAUUUAAAAUAUUUGAAUUUUUCAGGUAAUAAAAGAUUUGAAAUUAAACAAAGUCAUGUUAAGAAUCCUGAAACUGGAGAAGAUUUCGAUAGUUUAUUGGUGUUGAAAAAUUUGAAAGUUCUUGGGCUUAUUGAUAUCACAUUAACCACUACAUCAGUUCCUGAUCAAAGUGCAGAUAAACGUAUUAGAACUACUGCUUCCGAAUCUGAAAAUAUUGGUUAUGGGGUAUCUGAUUCGAUGGGUAUGAGAGAGUUCGUUUCAAAUCGCGAUGUGUUUAUUCAAAAAUUCAGAGGUAAUGAAAAUGAAGUAUUGAUUUGUUCAUUUGAUGGUAAAAGAGGAGUUGCAAAUCAAGGUCAUAGAAUUUCUUCAUUAACGAAGAAUAUCUUCGUACCUAUUUUCACUACUGAAUUAAAUAAAGUUAAAGAUGAUAGUGAAAUUCAAGAUGCAAUCAGGAAAACAUUUUUAGCAUUGAAUAAAGAAGUGAAUGGAAUUUUAUCUUCCAAGAAAAUUAAUUCAUUUAAUCCAAAUCCUCAAUCAAGUAAAGACGCCCUUGACUUAAAUCUUACUGAUGAUGGAAAUGCUGGUUGUGCAGUCACACUUAUUUAUAUUAAGGACAAGAAGCUUUAUACUGCUAACAUUGGUGAUAUUGAAGCUCUUUUAUCUAGAACCAAUGGUGAUCAUGUUGUGUUAACAAAUAAACAUGAUCCAACCAACAGAAGUGAAUUUGAAAGAAUUCGUGCAUCUGGUGGAUAUGUUUCAGGUGAUGGUGCAUUAGAUGGCGAUUUACCAAUUUCCAGAGGGGUGGGAUUUUUCAAUUAUUUACCUCACACUCAUUCUGGUCCUGAUAUUUUUGAAAUGUCUUUAACCACAGCUGAUGAUAUGAUUAUAGUUGCUACUAGAGUAUUAUGGGAAUAUGUUUCAUAUGAAUUUGCUGUUGAUAUUUUAAGACAAGAAAAGGACGAUCCAAUGAUUGCUGCUCAAAGAUUAAGAGAUUAUGCCAUUUGUUAUGGUGCUACAGAUAAGAUUGCCGUUAUUGUUGUUACCUUAGGUGAACAAAAGACUAAUAGACUGAGAUUUGGUUCCAAUGCAUUAUAUAAUAAUUUGGGUAGAGAGGGAGACUUGUUUGGUAAUAAGAAGAGAAGAGAUAGACCUGCUGUUACUGGUGAUUCAUCAUUAAGACGUUUAGAAGAAGAAAUCGAAGCUCCAGUAGGUGAAUUGGCUUUAGUAUUUACCGAUAUCAAGAAUUCAACUUUAUUAUGGGAUACUUAUCCAGCACCAAUGAGAUCAGCCAUUAAGACCCAUAAUUCUAUUAUGCGUAGACAAUUAAGAAUUGUUGGAGGGUUUGAAGUUAAAACUGAAGGUGAUGCCUUUAUGGUUUCAUUCCCUUCACCAACUGCAGCUUUAUUGUGGUGUUUUAAUGUUCAACAGAAUUUAUUAACAGCAGAUUGGCCAAGUGAAAUUUUAGAAACUGAUCAAUGUUGUGAGGUUGCUGAUGGUAAGGGUAAUAUAAUCUUUAGAGGUUUAUCAGUUCGUAUGGGUAUUCAUUGGGGUUCACCAGUGUGUGAAUCCGAUGUGGUUACUGGUAGAAUGGAUUAUUUUGGACCCAUGGUUAAUCGUACAUCAAGAAUUAGUGCUGUUGCUGAUGGUGGACAAAUUGCCGUUAGUUCUGAUUUCUUAGAUGAGAUGGGAGCACUUUAUAAAAUCCAUGAAAAUAUUGAAAAUGGUAAUGUUAAUCUUAGUGAAGCUUAUUCAGGAAAUUUACAAGCAGGAGAGAUUAUUGAAAGAGAACUUGCAUCUAUUGAAGAAAAUGGAUGUGAAUAUUUUAGAAUUGGAGAAAAGAAAUUAAAAGGUUUAGAAACUCCUGAACCUAUUACAUUAGUUUAUACUAAAAAGUUAAAAUUAAGAUAUGAAUUUUUCCAAAAGAGAUUAUCCCAAUCUGAAGAAUCUGAAAUGAGUACUCGAAUUGUUGGAGCCCUUCCAGUCGAAGCAAUUUAUGGACUUCGUACAAUUUCAUUAAGAUUAGAAAAUAUUUGUUCAACGUUAAAUGGUAGUCAUCCAAUUAGUGAAUCAUUUCAAAAUUCUUCCGUCGUUAUAUCAGAGAAGAUGAAUACUACCUUUAAAGAAAGUGAUUUAAUUGGACUUUUAAAUCAUAUUGUCACUAGAAUUGAAACAUGUACAGCUACGUUAUAUGUCCGUCAACAAAUGAGUGUGGCUAAUGGAGAUGGAGCAUUUGAAAAAUCAAAACCAAUUACCAAAAUUAUGGAUGAACUUAAUGAAAUCAUUCAAUUAAUGGUAAAGCUUAAAGAAGAAAACAAAUUAAUUACGAAUUAG